AUGGAUGUCCGGACGCUCUUUUCCAGUUACUUCCUGGAAAGAACAGUCUUAAAUGCCGCUGAAAAUCAAAGUGAGUCCACAGCUGAGGAGGAGGAGGAGAGCAGUGCCCGCGAGGGCGCGGAGUGGGGCACUGUCACCACCACGGGGACUCGUGCGGGCUACUCCGUUGUGCUGGGCCUGGGCCUGGCGCUGGCCUGCCUUGGCCUCCUGCUAGCCGUGGUCAGCCUGGGGAGCCGGGCAUCGCUGUCUGCCCAGGAGCCUUCCCAGGGGGAGCUGGUGGCAGAGGAGGACCAGGAGCCAAGGGAACUGAAUCCCCAGACAGAGGAGAGCCAGGAUGUUGUGCCUUUCCUGAAACAACUAGUCCGGCCUCGCAGAAGUGCACCUAAAGGCCGGAAAAUACGGCCUCGCAGAGCAAUUGCUGCUCACUAUGAAGUUUACCCACAACCAGGACAGGAUGGAGCGCAGGCAGGUGUGGAUGGGACAGUGAGUGGCUGGGAAGAAGCCAAAAUCAACAGCUCCAACCCUCUGCACUAUGACCGUCAGACUGGGGAAUUUAGAGUCACUAGGGCUGGGCUCUACUACCUGUACUGUCAGGUGCACUUUGAUGAGGGGAAGGCUGUUUACCUGAAGCUGGACUUGCUGGUGGAUGAUGUGCUGGCCCUGCGCUGCCUGGAGGAGUUUUCGGCCACAGCAGCAAGUUCUCUUGGGCCCCAGCUUCAUCUCUGUCAGGUGUCUGGGCUGUUGCCCUUGAGGGCAGGGUCUUCCCUGCGGAUCCGCACCCUCCCCUGGGCCCAUCUCAAAGCUGCCCCCUUCCUCACCUACUUUGGACUCUUCCAAGUUCACUGAAGGACCGGCCUCCCAGCAGAUUUCCUAGGCUGCUGCCUCCCCACACCGCUCUCUAAACACCCGGUCCCCUUUACCCCACCCUAACCCAUCCCAGGCUCCAGACCCCCGCCCCAUAGACUGCCAGGGCUUGUUCACAUGUUUUCCAUUCCACAUAAAUAUUCCCAUUCCUCUUUUACACCCCACCCACCUCACUAGUUCCCAAGCCCUGAUCUUUCCAUGCCUCUUUAUCCCUUGACUUUCCCCGGGCCACACCCCCCAGGAUGUUGUGUUUACUGACCCUGUGGGCAAGGAUGGGUCCACGAGACCUGGCUUCAGGCACUGAGAGGGGCUGGACCUGUUGGCUGGAAGCCAAAGAGCCUGGGACUAGGCCAGGAGUUUCCAAAAGUGAGGGGUAAGAGCCCAAGGCAAGCUCCCUCCUUGAUAAUUCCCUGUGGAUUUUGAAAACAGAUAUUAUUUUUAUUAUUAUUGUGACAAA